ACUGACGUGGUGACACGUGUUCUUUCAGUGGGUUCCAUCCCUUUCCCUGUUUCUACCAAUCCUUGUCCUAGCAGUUUUCUUUCCUCGGCCACCAGAUUUUCCUUCUCCUACUUGAAACCGACUUCAAUCCCCUUCUCCUACUUGUGUGUUUUUGAAUUUUUUCUGGAUUCAAUCAAAUUUUCUGGGUUAAAUCCGCAUUUCUUCAAUUUUUACUUAGGUUAGAAUAUUUGGUAAAAAUAAAAUAAAAUUGUGGGUUCUUUCAAAUACAUUGAAAUUGAAUCUGGGUGUGUUCAGCAUUGUUAUUAUAAGAUAAGAUUUUCUGGGUUCAAUCCAAAUUAAUUCAUCAAUUUGGAUUUAAUUUGGAUUGUAGUUGAGAUUUUGGGUGAAAUUUUGGCAUGAUAUAUUACAAGAUUAAAUGUUUUUGGGGUUAAAUCCAAAUUAAUCGAUUAUUUUUUGUGGGUAUAAAUUUCUUGGUGAAAUUAUUUUCUGGGGUUGUUUAAAAGAUGGUGGCAGUGAAAGUGAAAUUGAAAUUGGGAGUGUUACAUUAUGUAUUAGACCAUGUAUAUGGUGCAUUUGUACACAGAACAAGAAUAAGCCCACCAUUUUUUUCCAGAGGUUGGGGUGGGACAAAACUUGAUCUGCUAGAAAGAGUAAUUAAGCAACUUUUCCCUCAAGUUGAAGGCCAGAAUUGGCCACCGAAGUUGAUUCAACCGGUUUGGAAAACGGUUUGGGAGACGAAAACAACAAAAUUGAGAGAAGGGGUUUUUAAAACUCCUUGUGAUGAUCAGCUUUUGAGUGCAUUGCCCCCCGAGAGUCACAUUGCUAGGGUUGCUUUUCUCACUCCUAAAUUGUACAAUCCUGAGAAGAUGGCCUGUGUGGUUCAUCUUGCAGGCACUGGGGACCACACUUUUGAACGGAGGUUGCGUUUAGGUGGACCACUCCUGAAGGAAAAUAUAGCAACUAUGGUUCUUGAGAGCCCUUUCUAUGGACAGAGGCGUCCUCUGCUUCAAUAUGGUUCAAAACUUCGUUGUGUGAGUGACUUGUUGUUAUUAGGAAGGGCAACUAUAGACGAAGCUCGGUCUCUUUUACACUGGUUAGAUGAAGAAGGGUUUGGCAAGCUUGGUGUUUGUGGACUUAGCAUGGGUGGAGUGCAUGCUUCAAUGGUUGGCUCUUUGCACCCUACGCCAAUAGCGACCCUCCCGUUCCUCUCCCCUCAUUCUGCUGUUGUAGCAUUUUGUGAAGGUGUUCUGAAGCAUGCGACUGCAUGGGACACGUUGAGAGCUGAACUUGAAGCACAACAGGUUACAUUGACACAAGAAGAUGUCAGGCAAAGGAUGAGAGAGGUGCUGUCUCUCACAGAUGUUACCCGGUUUCCAAUUCCAAAAAAUCCUAACUCAGUAAUAUUUGUUGCUGCUACUGAUGAUGGAUAUAUACCAAAUCACUCAGUGCUGGAGCUACAGAAAGCUUGGCCAGGAUCAGAAGUGAGAUGGGUUAACGGCGGGCACGUAUCAUCUUUUAUUCUUCACAAUGGUGAGUUCCGCAGGGCUAUUGUUGACGGACUUGACAGAUUAAACUGGAAGGAAUCUCCCUUGUGAUGGCAGCAAUUGUGUUUACGGAUAUGUUAACUUGUAAAUUUUAUUGUUUCUGAUUUUCUAAUGUUUUUCUAUUGGAAAGGAGAAAUCGGAAGAAAAUAGGACGAUCCUUUUUAGAAGAAAUAAAUUGGGGUGUCCACUUUAUUUAUCCAA